GAGUCCAGAUGCACUGGUUCAUCAGGCACCACACACUAAACUCCGACGGGGAGGGUCCUGGACUAGGACAUCGAAAUCUGCUUGCGUCUCUGUCUCUCGCUCGCUCUCUCGUGCUCUCAGUUCUCGUCGUGCGGUGUCCGCAAGGUUGCAUCGCAGCAGGUGACAAUGGCGGCAGCAAGAGCUAUGGCAGCAGGGUGCGUGUCCCAUUUGCCACAGUGCGUGAACUCAUCAGUGGUGAAGGGUUCACAGAGGACGGCAUUGUUGCCUGCUGCUUCCCUCUCCUUGAGGGCAGCCCCACUGCACCAAUCUUUCGUGCAGAGGUCUGCUGUGAAGAGCAGGAGAUUCCAGGUCUGUAAGGUCGUCUCUGCAGAGUAUACCGUCAAGGAGGAAGGAGCAGCUGAGUCUCUAGAGUACAGGGUCUUCUUCUCUGACAAGUCUGGCAAGACGAUCUCACCAUGGCAUGAUAUCCCCCUCCACGCCGGAGACGGACUCUACAACUUCGUUGUUGAGAUCCCUAAGGAGACUAGUGCUAAGAUGGAGGUUGCGACUGAGGAGCCCAGCACUCCCAUCAAGCAGGACACGAAGAAGGGGAAGCUCCGGUUCUACCCUUAUAACAUCAACUGGAAUUACGGACUUCUUCCCCAGACAUGGGAGGACCCUUCGCACUCUAACUCUGACGUGGAGAACGCGUUCGGUGACAACGACCCAGUUGACGUUGUUGAAAUUGGGGAGAGGCAAGCCAAAAUUGGAGAAGUCCUUAAGGUGAAACCCAUCGCGGUUUUAGCCAUGAUUGACGAGGGUGAACUUGACUGGAAAGUUGUGGCUAUCUCCAUCGACGAUCCCAAGGCUGAUCUGGUCAACAACGUGGCUGAUUGCGAGAAGCACUUCCCAGGCACUUUGACCGCAAUUAGAGACUGGUUCAGAGAUUACAAGAUCCCCGAUGGAAAGCCCGCCAAUAGGUUUGGUCUUGAUAACAAGCCUGCUGAUAAGGAUUAUGCACUGAAGGUCAUUGAAGAGACCAACAAUGCAUGGGCAAACCUCGUGAAGAGGAGCGUUCCAGCUGGAGAACUUUCCCUCGUUUAGUUCCUCUUCGAACUCCUCUGUGGGUGGUGUUGUUCAAUCUGGCAACCAGAUUACAUCACAACACGAUUAGCUCUUACGGAAACUUCAGUUUUGCUAGAGUUUAGUGUUCCAACAUUUGUACCUUGUAUCUCUUGGUUUCCGAGAAUUUGAUAACUCCUAGAAUCAAUUGAUUGCAGCGUAAGCAGCAGCUUUGUAACUUUGUGGGUCGUCAUUGCAUUGACCGUUCUCCUGCGAGGACAAGAGCUGUUAGAAGUAUCUUGUUGUGGUAACAUGUGCCUCCCUGCAACCUAGAUUCCACAGUUUGCAUGAGUCAUUGAUAUAAUGUAGCAGAUUAUUCCAGUGGCUUUUUGCUCGUUCGCUACAGCGUUAUCUUGAGACAGAAUGAUCAAUCCUCUUCUUAGAACGUUAGUACUGGCUGAACUUGGCAAUUGCUUUAUUAUUAAACACGUGAAGGCUUAUUGCCAAGUUUAUCAAUAAACAAAGCAUUGUAUCCU